AUGCCUAUGGUGGAUACUCCCGCAGCGCUUUCAACAGAGCUACUCCCUUAUCAGCGUCAGGGACUGGCUUGGAUGAUUAGCAAAGAAAAUCCUACCCUGCCCGGCCCUGGAUCUGAGGAUGUAGUCCAGUUGUGGAAGAGGAAAGGCUCUAAUUACACCAAUCUUGCCACAAACUUUUCCACAUCCACUGCACCCCCUCUUGCUAGUGGUGGUAUUCUGGCGGACGACAUGGGUCUUGGAAAGACAAUCCAGAUCAUUUCGUUGAUUUUGGCGAAUUCUCAACCGAAGACGGCAGGGGGUUCCAAAUGCACUCUGAUUGUGGCUCCUGUAGGAGUCAUGAGCAACUGGAAAAACCAAAUUCAGGAACAUACUCGCAGCGAGAACACCCCGCGCGUGCAUGUGUACCAUGGCGCAGGAAAGAAGGAGGCGAAAAACCUGGACCAGUAUGACGUGGUUAUCACAAGCUAUGGUGCACUUGCGAUGGAAUACAACCCCCAGGCCAAGGCGCCCCCCAAACAAGGGAUUUUCUCCGUACACUGGCGUCGAAUUGUUCUCGACGAAGGUCACACAGUGCGCAACCCAAGAUCCAAAGGUGCCCUUGCUGCUUGUAACUUGCCUGCGGAUUCUCGCUGGUCAUUGACUGGAACUCCCAUUGUGAACAGUCUCAAGGAUCUCUUUUCCCAAGUCCGCUUCCUGGGGCUUACAGGUGGUUUAGAGGACAUGGCAGUCUUCAAUAGCGUUUUGAUUCGGCCUCUCAUGUCUGACGAUCCUAACGCACGCUUGCUACUGCAGACAUUGAUGUGUACUAUUUGCUUACGUCGCAGAAAGGACAUGGAAUUCGUCAAUCUGCGCUUGCCGCCUCUCACAUCUCGUGUUCUUCGGGUCAAGUUCCACCCGCAUGAAGAAGAGAAGUACAACAUGUUCCAAGCCGAGGCGAAGGGCAUGCUUCUGGAUAUCAAAUCCAAAGAAAAGACCGGCACCACAUACUCCAACCUUCUCGAGGUUAUUCUGCGGCUUCGACAAGUGUGCAACCAUUGGGCACUCUGCAAGAAGCGCAUCGAUAGCAUCACUGCACUGCUGGAGAAGGAAAAGGUGGUUCCUCUUACCCCGGAAAACAUCAAGGCUCUCCAGGACAUGCUGCAGGUCAGGGUUGAGAGUCAGGAGACCUGUCCGAUCUGCCUGGAUACCCUCGCAGAACCUGUGAUUACCGCAUGCGGGCAUUCAUUUGACCGAGAGUGUAUUGAGCAAGUCAUCGACAGACAGCACAAAUGCCCUAUGUGUCGAGCCGAAAUUGAAAACACCACCACCCUGGUGUCCCCUGCCGCCGAGAUGGGCGAGAACAACGAUAGUGUUUCUGCAGACCCGGACGACCCAAGCAGCAAGAUCGAAGCUCUUGUCAAGAUCCUGACGGCCCAGGGGCAGGCUGCUGAUACCAAGACAGUCGUUUUUAGUCAGUGGACAUCGUUUCUCGAUCUCGUCCAGCCUCAUUUGGAGCGCCACGGCAUCGGAUUUGCUCGCAUCGACGGUAGAAUGAGCUCUGUGAGCCGUGACAACUCAACAUAUCGCUUCUCGCGUGACCCCAACUGCAAAGUCCUCCUUGCCAGUCUCAGUGUCUGCAGCGUCGGCCUCAACCUGGUCGCCGCGAACCAAGCCAUUCUUGCCGACAGUUGGUGGGCACCAGCAAUCGAAGACCAAGCCGUCGACCGCGUGUAUCGUCUAGGACAGAUGCGCGAAACGACUGUAUGGCGCCUCGUCAUGGAGAACAGUAUCGAGGACCGGGUCCUCGCGGUCCAGGAGACGAAGCGUAAGCUGAUGCUGGAGGCAUUUCGCGAGACAGCCACCAAGAAGAAGACCGAUGAGAGAGCCACUCGUGUUGCUGAUCUUGAGAAGCUUCUCACUUGA